AUGGACCCGAGCCUCGGCCCGUUCGCGGGCGCGCCGCCCGCCGCCUUCCCCGGCUCGUCGGGCGCCUUCCCGGCGCGGCCGCCCUUCCGCCUGGGCCCGCCCGUCCUCUUCGGCCCGGCGGCGGCGGCGGCGGCGGGGAAGGGCCCCGCCGCCUUCCCGCCCGCGCCCGCCGCGGCCCCGGCCCCGGCCUUCCCCCCGACGCCCUUCGCCGCGCCCGCCCGCCCGAGCUUCGGCUUCAAGCCGCCCGCCGCGCCCGCCUUCGGGCCCGAGCCCGCGGCCAAGGCCGACCUGGGCUUCCGGCCGCUGGAGAAGUCGGUGUUCCGGCCCAUCCCCGGCCCCGGCCCCGGCCCGGCCGCGCAGCCGGAGCCGCAGCCGCAGCGGGAGGCCGGGCCGGGCCCGGGGGCGUCGGGCUUCUUCACCUACCCCCGCCCGACGGGCGGCGCCCCGGCCCCCGCCGCCGCCCGCUUCUCCUUCUCCCCGGCGGCCGCCGGCUCCGGCUUCGCCCUCCCCAGGCCCGCCCUGAGCGGCGGCGCCGCGUCCGCCUUCGCGCCCGCGCUGCCCGGCCCGCACGCGGAGGAGGAGCCGAGGGGCGCCCGGCCGCUCUUCGGGGGCUUCCCCGCCGCCUCUCUGCCCGCCCCGGCCGACCCCUUCGCGGCCCCCAAGAGCGGGGCCAGGCCGGCGGCCGAAGACCCCGGGGAGCCCCUGCCGGGCCUCCUGAAGGCGCUGAGGAGGAAGGAGGAGCAGGACCGGUCCCCCCGCAAACGCGGCCACGACGGCCCGGACGAGCCCGACCCCCUGUCGCUCUCCCCUCCGGACAAGAGGCCCGUUCGCCUGAACCGGCCCCGCGGGGGCUCGCUCUUCGGCCGGACCAUCCAGGACGUCUUCAGGAGCCACAAGGAAGGGGCCCGGCUGAGCCACAAGGAGUCCAAGAAGGACAGUGGGUGCGCCGAGCCCGGCGAGAGCGAGCUGGCGGCCCUCGCUGGAGGGAGUCCGUCUGUCCCAGGCUCCAGUAAAGAGGGAGAAACGCAGAGCAGAGAUAAGGAAGACGAUUCCCUCCGAGCCUCUGGGCGUCAGGGUAAAAGAAGUGAGAGUACAGACAGUCUCGGCGGCUUCUCUCCUUCUGAACUCACAGCGAUCCAGGUCAAGAACAUCCCUGACAACCUCAAUGACCGAGCCACCCUGGAGAACCACUUUGGCAAAAUCGCCAAAGUGCAGCGCAUCUGUACCAGGCACAACAAAAAGCUUGCGGUGGUGUAUUUUUAUGAUCACGCGUCUGCUGCUCUAGCCAGGAAGAAGGGGAAAGGCCUGCAUGAGGACGUGACUAUCUUCUGGCACAAGAAGAAGAUCAGUCCCAACAAGAAACCCUUUUGCCUUAAGGAGAAGAAGCCUAAUAAGGGGGAUGCUGGCCCCAACUCUGAGGAUGCGCCCUUCCAGCUCUCCCCUCUGGGCAAGUCCGUGGCUCGGGCUGCGGGGGCCGGCCUCCUGAACAAGAGCUCUCCGGUGAAGAAGCCAAGUCUCUUCAAGCUUGAGGGAGACCCCUUCGAUUCAGCCUUGGAGGGCUCUGAAGGACUUGGAUCAUGUGCAGCGUCCAUCAGCACCCUCAUCGGCACCGUGGCCGAGACAUCCGAGGACAAAUACCGCCUGCUGGACCAGAGGGACAGGGUCAUGCGGCAAGCUCGGGUGAAGAGAACUGACCUGGACAAAGCGAGGACUGUGGUGGGGACGUGUCCGGACAUGUGUCCUGAGAAGGAGCGCUACAUGCGGGAGACACGGAGCCAGCUGAGCAUCUUCGAGCUGGUCCCCGGCACAGACCAGGUGGACCAUGCAGCGGCCAUCAAGGAGUACAGCCGCUCCUCAGCCGACCAGGAGGAGCCACUGCCCCACGAGCUGCGACCUUUGGCGGUGCUCAGCAGGACCAUGGACUACCUGGUCACCCAGAUCAUGGACCAGAAGGAGGGUUCACUGCGGGACUGGUACGACUUUGUGUGGAACCGCACCCGCGGCAUCAGGAAGGACAUCACCCAGCAGCAUCUGUGCGACCCCCUGACAGUGUCCCUGAUUGAGAAGUGCACCCGCUUCCACAUCCACUGUGCUCACUUCCUGUGCGAGGAGCCCAUGUCAUCCUUUGAUGCCAAGAUCAACAACGAGAACAUGACCAAGUGCCUGCAGAGCCUGAAAGAGAUGUACCAGGACCUGCGGGCCAAAGGUGUGCUCUGCACCAGUGAGGCUGAGUUCCAGGGCUACAACGUCCUGCUCAACCUGAACAAUGGUGACAUCCUCAGGGAAGUGCAACAGUUCCAUCCUGCAGUCAGGAACUCCUUUGAGGUGAAAUUUGCGGUUCAGGUUUUUGCUGCAUUGAACAGUAAUAAUUUUGUGAGGUUCUUCAAACUGGUCCAGUCGGCUUCCUACCUCAACGCUUGUCUCCUCCAUUGCUACUUCAGCCAGAUCCGCAAGGACGCCCUUCGAGCCCUCAGCAUCGCCUACACCGCCAGCACGCAACGUUCCACAGUCUUUCCCCUGGAUGGAGUGGUGCGCAUGCUGCUAUUCAGGGACAGUGAAGAGGCCACUGAUUUCCUCAGCUUCCACGGCCUCGGCGUGUCUGAUGGCUGUGUGGAGCUGAGCCGCUCCGCGUUCCUGGAACCGGAGGGGUCUUGCAAGGCCAGGAAGUCGGUGUUUAUCACCCAGAAGCUCAUGGUGUCAGUUGGAGAAGUUGUGAAUGGAGGCCCGUUGCCUCCCACCCCUCGUCACAUCCCCGUGUGCAGCUUCAAUGCCCAGAACAAGUAUAUGGGGGAGAGCCUGGCCCCAGAACUGUUGAUGAACGCACCCAGGCCCAAGUUGGACCCUGCCGGUGCAGGGAGAGGAGAGGAAUGUGGUACAGAUGCCGCCGCCCUCCCACAACCCCUGCCUGCCCCUGCGCCCAGCCUCUUCCUGCCCACCGUACAGCCCCAGCUGCCUCCUCCGAAGCCUGUACCUGUGUACUCUGAUGCGGACCUGGUGCAGGUGGUGGACGAGCUCAUUCAAGAGGUUCUUCAGAGGGACUUGGAGGAGGUGGGCACUGCAGGGGCAGCCUUCGCAGCCACAGCCCUGGGUGUCUCCAGUGCUGCUGUGGAGGAGCUGCUGACGGCCACUACCACCAGCAUCCUCAGGCACAUUGCUGCUGAGGAGAUGAGCAAGGAAAGAGAGCGAAAGGCGGAAGAGAGACGGCGAGCAGAGGAAGAGAGGCUGAGGCUAGAAAAAGAGCUGGCAUUGACACAGCUGAGCCAGGCCCUGGUUGCAGAACUAACGGAGCUCGUGCUGAGGGAGUGUGUGAGGGAAACCUGCUCCCAGGAGUGGAAGAGUGCGGUGGAGGUGGACCAGCAAGUCCGCAUAGCCCGUUGCUGUGAGGAUGUCUGUACCCACCUCGUGGAACUGUUCCUGGGGGAGGAGAUUUUCCAGACUGCAAAGGAGACUCUCCAGGAACUUCAGUGCUUCUGCAAAUAUCUCCAGCGGUGGAGGGAAGCUGUGGAGGGCAGGAAGAAAUUGCGACGCCAGAUGCAGGCCUUCCCCGCAGCACCUUGCUGUGUGGAUGUGAACAACCAGUUGUGGACACUGGCACCCAGCGCAGAGUGCCCCAUUGCUGAGGAGAACCUAGCCAGGGGCAUGCUGGACCUGGGCCAUGCCGGGAAAGUAGGCAUCUCCUGUACCAGGUUGCGGUGGCUCAGGAACAAGACUGCCCAUCAACUGAAGGUGCAACACUUCUACCAGCAGCUGCUGAGCGAUACAGCAUGGGCACCUCUGGACCUCCCGUCGCUUGUGGCUGAGCAUCUCUCCGGGGCAAAGGAGAACAUGUUUUGGAAACUGGUGCUGAUGUUGCCGGGAGAAGAGCAGUCUACAGGGCAUCCUGGCAGAAUUUUAGCAGAUUGGUUAAAGGUCAAGUUCAUGGGAGAUGAUGGAUUUGGGGACGACCCUUGUGGGCCUACUGAUGGGAUCCAGACCCUCACGUUGUUUAACACUCUGAGCAGCAGAGGGGGCCAGACAGUUUCUGUCAGUGUGUGCAUAAAGGUAUCCCAUGGGCCCCUCAGUGACCGUGCCCUCGAAGCCGUGGAGACACAGAAGGGACUCCUGGGCGCCAGUGGGCUCCUGCUGCUGCUCCCACCCAGGGCGAGACUGGGGGACAGGGCGGCGGAGGAGGAGGAAGAAGACAUCUCCCGGCUGUCAGCGUUGCUACAGCUCCAGCAGCUCCUGCAAGCCAAGCCCUUCCAGCCAGCGCCACCUCUCGCUGUCCUUGUCCCCAGCCCGGGAGGGGCCAGUCGCCAGAAGGCAGUGGAAGAUGGUCUCAUGCUGCGGGAUCUGAUAUCCGCUAAUUUGAUUUCGGAAUUUUCUGUUCUUGAGAUCCCGGAGUCCGUCAGUGAUUCGCAAAGCACAAUCAAGGUAUCGGAGGCCGUCCAGUGGCUGCUCUCACGCUGCCCCCAGGCCUUGGACCUUUGCUGCCAGACUCUGGUCCAGUACGUGGAAGAUGGAGUCAGCCGAGAGUUCAGUGGCCGCUUCUUCCACGACCAGCGGCAGCGGCGGCUAGGCGGGCUGGCCUCACAGGAGCCUAGCGCCAUCAUUGAGCUCUUCAACAGUGUGCUGCGCUUCUUGGCCGCACCUGUGUCCUCCGAGCAGCUCUGUGAUCUGUCCUGGCCCGUCACUGAAUUUGCCAGAACUGGGGGUAGCCAGCUGCUGCCUCACCUGCACUGGAAUAGCCCUGAUCACCUGGCCUGGCUGAAGCAGGCUGUGCUGGGCUUCCAGCUCCCGCAGAUGGAUCUUCCGCCUCCAGGGGCUCCCUGGCGCCCCGUGUGCUCCAUGCUCAUCCAGUAUGCUGCCCAGAUCCCCAGCUCUCACCGUACCCAGCCGGUCCUCCAGUGCCAGAUAGAGAACCUACUCCGAAGAACCUACUGCCGCUGGAGGAGCCAGAACCCCUCCAUGGGUUGGGGUGCAGGACCUUCGGUGGCCGAGAUCCCCUGGGACGAUGCCAUCGCCCUGUGCAUCAACCACAAGCUGAGCGAUUGGACACCCCCCAAGCUUCCUGUCACUCAAGAGGCAGUGAGUGAAGAUGGGCAGAUUUGUGUAUAUUUUUUUAAAAAUCAUUUGAAGAACUACACCAUUCCAUCGUUAUGGGAACAAGCCCGGACACAGACGCAGAAGGAGCUACAGCUACGCCAGGGGCGCCCGGAGAGCAAGACUGCUCUUCCUUCUGCAAACAGCUUUCCUGCCCCAUUGCUUCCUAUGCACCAGAAAGGGAAGAGGAGCGGAGUGUGCGGCAAGGGGAGCGUCCCCAGUGCAGAGGACCUGGUGCGUGGUGCGUCUGCUCAGGAGCUUCUAGUCCAGAGUCUAUCCAGCAGACUGCUGCUGGAGCAGGAGGAAAGUCAGAAGUUUGAAGAUCAGCUGCAGCAGUUGCUGUCAGAAGACUCUGAAGUCUUUGCAGAUUCACCUUCCCUCCCGCUCUACCUUCCUCAAACUCUUGUGUCUCUGCCUCAGACACUUGCACCCAUGAGGAGACCGUCAUUGUUGGCUGUCAGCCCUCAGAAUGAGAGGACGAGGGAGCAGCUGCGGCCAUUGGAGGGAGCAGGCACCAGUCUGACAGACCGUGUGGCACAUCUAGAAAGGCUGAUCUGCAGUUCCAAGGAGGAGGAGGUGGCCUCAGAGCUCCAUCUGUCUGCACUCUUGGACAUGGUGGACAUUUGAGGAAGUCAGACUUGCGGGGGACUCUCUGGACUUCCUGAUUUUAUACAGAAUGAUCUCAGAUGUUUGAUGCAUGUUGUAAAUAUGAUAUUAUGCAAAUAAAUU